AAUAGGCGUUCUCCUAGUCGAUCCAGCUCUCGGGGACUUUGUACGGUGGCGAACCUCGCCAACUCCUCGCCAGGUCCAGCGCAUCGACUCAAUUCAGGCAACUGGCUCAGCCAUGGCAGCUCUCAAUCACAGUGGGUCAUGGUAUCCGCCGAUAGUCCCGUCUGAGAAACCGCCGCAGAGCGCCAGCUCGACAUUCGACAUUCUUCUUACCGUCUACCCCUCCAGUCAGCGCACUAGGACAUCGGAUCCGAAUUCUUGCAUGGACUACUGCCGGAGGUUGGUCCUAUCGGCAUGGACUGCGAGGAUUCGUAUCGUAGAAACCCAACUCAUCAAAGAACAACUCAUGCUCAGCAUUGGCGACAUCCCCGCCGACGCUCGAGCAGCCGAGGUCUUUGAAAAGUCGUGGCAACGCCCCUGGCACCCGCGAGACUUUGGCCGUCUUGUUCGCGCCAAGUCAGCACUGGAAUCGACUGACUGGGAACUCCGGCCGAAUAUGGACGCGUUGGGUAUUGGCUCGGAAAGCAUGAGGACGGUUGAGGCGUGGGAGGCAGACGCAUGGCAGAGUCUCACAGAGGUUAUGAGGAGCCUCAAGAUCCGGCUCGAUAUCAUGCUCCAAGCGUACAUGCAAUCGAUAUCGGUACGGGAAACCAGCGCUGCGAAUAAACAGGCGAGGCAGGAUGUGGAUUGGCGUGACCUCUCGUGGAAUACCCUUAUGAGAGCGGAGAGCUAG